GAGUUAUCUAGAAUCAUGAUAACCGUAUGGCUGCUCGUGCUCAUGGUGUUCAUGGAAAGGUCCAGCUUGGCAAGCGGCAACUCCACAAUGUCUACAAUAAUUGAAAACAUUUUUCAAGGAUACGACAAAAAACUUCCGCCAAGAUAUCACUACGCCACCUCGGAGCGUCAAGUCCUCGUCUCCCUCAACAUUUACAUCUACGCAAUAUUUUCAAUUAAUGAAGCAGCAAUGGAAUAUUCUGCAAGUAUUCUUAUUCGAGAACGAUGGGUGGAUGAACGCCUAACUUUUGACCCGGCAGAUGGUAUCGCCGUCUUGGAGCUAGAGCAAGCCCUUUUCGAUGACGUUUGGGUCCCUGACCCCUAUAUUGUCAAUGAAAAGAAGUCAGAGUUUCAUAACGUUGCAACACCGAAUAAGCUGAUACACAUUUAUUCGAAUGGAACUGUCCAAUUCAGUGCCAGGGUUACAGGGACUUUUUUCUGCCCGAUGUAUCUACAAAAGUAUCCAUUUGAUAAACAGACGUGCAAACUUGAACUUGAAAGUUUUGGGCACACACUGCAGACUAUGAAGUUUGUUUGGAGCGAGGACAUGGUAUCACAAGCCGACAAUAUUCAUCUUCUCCAGUACGAGUUGUCCCACGUACAUUCCUACGGUUGUGAGAAAUCGUAUUACGGAACAGAAAAGUACCCCUGUGUUGGGGUACGACUUUUCUUGGUACGGAAAUACAUGUAUCACGUGGUGCAAGUGUACCUUCCCAGCCUUCUUAUUGUGCUUAUGUCAUGGGUGAACUUUUGGCUCGACUGUACGGCAGUUCCCGCCAGAAUUUCCAUCGGGGUCCUCACAGUGCUCACCAUGACGACCAUGACUUCCGGCGCACAUGCUGAUCUACCCCAAGUAUCUUAUCUUAAGGCAAUAGAUACCUACCUGGCUGUGUGCCUUGCAUUUAUAUUCGGUGGACUGCUCGAGUUUGCCUGCGUAAAUGUCCUUAUCCGAAAUGAAAGAAAGGGGAGGGCCUCUGGAUAUACCGGCACAAAACAUACUUCAAAAGAACCAUCCGGUGAAAACAGGCUGGAUGGACUUAAGUGUUGCAACGGAUGUGUUCAAAGGGAAAAGGAACCCGAAAGAAAGGUAUCUUUGUCUGAUGAAACACGCACAGGAGAUGGUUUGCUGAAAACGAAACCAUCUCAGCUGGGGUGGACAUGUUUUUGGAACCUAAGUAACCAUGGCAAGGCGCGCUUUGUGGACAAGAUUUCCCGAGUUCUGUUUCCUAGCCUUUUCAUUGCCUUUAAUAUCGGCUACUGGUGGUAUUACCUUUCCUGGGAACCAGAUGAAGAAAAUUAAAACAAAGAUCAAUUAAUCUGAAACCUAAGUAAACAGAACAUCUUCUUGCAGAAUGUAGAAACUCGUCACCGCUCGCUUUAAGUCUUGUGUGACGACUGUAGUAGUCUCCCCCGUACUUCGUUCAGUUAAUGUAGUUAUUUAUUAGUUGGU